AUGGCGCACCUCCCGCACGCCGCAGGUGCCCGUCGUCGAACGAGGCUCCUCCUUUCUCGCUCCUUGCCACUCCUUCUCACGCUCUGCCUGCUGCCCAGUGGCGCACUGCACCAGGGCAAUCUCUUCCUUCCCGCAGUCGACGCAGUCUCCCCCAUCUCCGGUGGUGCAGCCUUGUCGCCGUCGCUGGGUGCUCAGGCAUUCCGCCAGAAAUUUCUGUCGUCGGAGGCGCGUGCGCUCUCGCAAGCUGCCAAGGGAUUUCCUGAAGGUGUCUCCCCGCGGCCGCUGGGGUCUGCCCGCGCCGCCGGGGGUAUUGCCGUCGCCGGUGACGCCGCGGCUUCAUCGUUUGCGAUGGUGAAAGCGCCCCUGAAAGAAAUUGUCUCGAGUUUCCCGUGCCUUCGAGAGGGCACGGAUUCUGCCGCAACGACUGUGGACACUCGGGUUGAGGUGGCGUCGGAGUGGGAUUGCCAGCGCGCAUGCCGCACUCGAGAUGAUUGCUCGCAUGCUGUGUUGAACAAGCAGGAGAGGAAGUGUUACCUAAAGACUGGCUUUUGGGAACCCAAGUCGACAGAUAAAGGCGCAAGUAUCAUUGGAAUGCCUCGCAGCUGUAACUCCUCUUGCUUCGCCCUCGACGCGUCUAGCAAGGCAGAGAAUAUUCAACAGGAGCGCGCCAUGCACAGCCCCUUCGAAUGCCUCAUCUGGUGCCGCUCUCAGGAAUCGUGCCGGGCUACUGUCUACGAUGUCUACGGAAAAAUGUGCCACAUCAAGGCAAGUCACUCCGACGACCAGAGAGUACUGCGCUACGGGGGCGUCCUCACUGGGAAUCAGUGGUGCAACGACAACGAUGCAGCGUACGUUCCGCCCACUAUCGUUGGGUGGAAAGCUACCUCGUGUAUGCAUCCCCAGAACAGUAAAGCCAGCGGAGCGCCCUUCAAGGAAAUUGCGGAGGUGGAGAACGCGGACAUGUGCCAGAAACAUUGCAAGAGAAUCGAGACUUGCACGUACUUCUCCUAUGACCGCGUGUCGAAAGUCUGCGAGCUCUUCGAGGGUGAUGCCGCUUCGAAUGUCGCAGAAGCCGCAGGCUACGUGUCUGGGCCAAGAACGUGCAACCAGACCUGCUUUUUAGACGGUCAAAAAUACCAGAAAGGAGAGAUUUCCAAUAAGGCAAUGUACAGUGCCCUAGACUGUCAAGUCAUAUGUCAAUCGACGGCAAACUGCGAAUACUUCUCUUUCUCGAGCACAUCCAGAACUUGCUACUUGUACGACAGUUCCGCGAAGGGGACGGAAAUCGCCACCCCAAGCUCAGUUGCUGGUGCGAGGCAGUGGUGCGGCACGGCAGAGGCAGAGACGAAGACAUGA